UACGCGUUUCAAGUCGUUGGGCCCAAAACUUUACAACCGAUUUGGUUCCACCCGGACAUGUUAGGGGGUCCGGGUAUUCCCCAAGAGAUAAAACCCCUCGGUAUUUUGCCACAGGGUGAGGUGGUCUGCGCCAUUGCACUAAGUAACCCGGUUCAAAAUGUUUUCACUGGUGGCAAGGGUUGUGUCAAAGUUUGGGACAUAAAUUCCGUCGGCAAGUCAUCUCACAUCCACCAACUCAACUGUCUGUCUUCUGAUAGCUACAUAAGAUCAGUGAAGUUACUGAACGACGGCGUUACACUAAUCGUAGGUGGGGAGGCCAAUACACUAACUGUCUGGGAUCUGGCUGCUCCAACCCCUGUUAUAAAAGGAGAGCUGACAUCCGGAGCUCAGGCAUGUUACGCAAUGGCUGUUUCUCACGACUCGAGACUCUGCUACAGCUGCUACAGUGACGGCAACGUGGCCAUCUGGGAUGUACAUAAUAAUGAAAUUGUCAAACAAUUCCAAGGGCACAGCGAUGGAGCCAGCUGCAUAGACAUCUCCCCAGACGGCACCAACAUUUGGACCGGCGGCCUAGACAACACGGUUAAACAGUGGGACAUAAGAGGAGUGGGAGGAGGGGAAGAGAGGGCUGGCUCGGGCGACAACCCCCUACAGAAAUACGAGUACAUGUCUCAGGUGUUCUCCCUCGGUGUUUCUCCACUCGGUGAAUGGAUAGCGAUAGGAUUGGAAUCGGCUGAAAUUCGUCUGACGAACACAAUAACCCAGGACUCCUACCAGGUCAUCCUGCACACCAGUUGCAUUCUCACUCUCAAGUACUCGCCAGAUGGGCUGUGGUUUAUAUCGGCCGGCAAAGAUAAUGGUCUGUUUGGCUGGAAGGCUCCCUACGGCAUUAACCUCUUCCAGAAUAAAGAGCAAACUUCAAUACUCUGCUGCGACAUAUCAAACGACAACAAGUACAUCGUAACUGGCUCUGGGGAUAAGAAAGCCACAGUGUAUGAAGUCAUCUACUGA